ACACUCUGCGUCUGUCUGUGUCUCUUUGCAUUUUUUGCAAUGGAUAUCAAAGCCCAAACUACCGAUCGCACUGCACAGUUCGAAGCCCUAUGUGACAGAUACAGGCAGGUGGUUGACACGUGUGAAGAAGACCUAAGAGGACUUCUUACAUCUACUGAACAUGUAUUAUUUGAUGAAGCUGAGAAUGAUAUGGUGUGUUUGGUAGAGGAAGGAGAGCAGGAAAGCGCCGAUGCCUGUGAAAUCUUGGAAAAAAUUUGCCUUGAAGUCGUCGACUGUUCCUCUACAGCUCGUUUUAGACGUUCUUCGUCUGUCUCUGCCGAAUCGUCAUCCGUUGAAUCUAGUGAAACAGACUGAGGAGGUCAUCGCAGGUCAAAGGUCGAAACUCAGAACACCCAUUAUCCCUGAGAACUGGAGCAAAGAGAUCUCAAAUCAUUGAAUUAAUUGAAAUAUUUAUAUCAAACUCACCGAAUAACCUUUCUGUACGAUGUAUCGGUAACAUUACCAAAAGUAGGCGUUCAAUCAUGAUUAAAUUUUCCACUAAAUAUAUUAAUCAAAGUCUAUCGAUAAUAUUCGAAAAGACGUUCUGUAUCAUAAUUACGCCAUCAUUUUAUUAAGCUAUUGGAGACAUUGAAAUCUAUGUUCUAUUUCAAAUGCAAUUGGUAGAUGGGAAACGGCAUAUCCAUUCAUUCCAAAGUAAUGUAAAUUGAAAUAAAAUGAAACAGGUUACUAAUUUUCACUAUGUGAAUACAUGACGCUUUGCCUUUUUUUAUAAUGUGUAUGGUGAUCACCUUUAAGAUGCUGUUUUAUAAUAUAUCUUUACUUGAUGAAUGUCAUAUUUAAAUAAAAUUCUAA